GUUAGGGCAGCAUUCUGCUGUACGGAAAACACAGCCAAACACGCCGAAGAAAAUCCCAAAUGUCGAUUUUUUUGUUGAAACUUUUAUCAGAUCAUUAAUGUACGGUACCCAGUUUGAAAGAUAGGACCAUAGUUUAGUAGACGCGCGCAGGCCCGUCCCACACUGACAGCGUCUCGGACCCGCCGUCUGCGGCUCACGCUCAGACGGGAGCCGCUCUGUCAACGUCAGCAGGCAGACAGUUCCCAGGCUCGGAACUAUGACACUCUUGUCCUCUGCAUGAAAACGCCUGGGUUGGCAGCAAGUGAAAGCGUAACUAGUUGAAGCAAAUUCUAUUGAUUUAUUCUACUUUACCGAAGAUGCCACCGGUGCUCGACAUGAUCCGUUUGGUGCUUUGGCUCUUUCUAAGCAUCAACAAUUCUUCCUGCUUCCCGAACUAUGUCAGCGAUGACACCGAUCAGCCCAUCGAUCCGCUGUUGGACUACGACCGACUAGACGACGCGUUUGACCGCGUUAGAAACGACACGCUUCGCUGCGAGCCGUGUGAGCCGGACCUGUGCCCGCUGGCCCUGGGCUGCCGAGCCGGUGUGCUGAUGGACGCCUGUGGAUGCUGCAAGGAGUGCGGGAACCUGGAGGGCCAGCCGUGCGACCCCGGGGAGCGGAGUGUGUACUACGGGCGUUGUGGAAGCGGCUUGUCGUGCCGCGUGGACCAUCGGGGUCCUGGGCCGGGAGGAGAGCGGGACCGGGAGGAGGAGGGAGACGAGCCGCAGUGUGUGUGCACGGAGCACGAGCCGGUGUGCGGAAGCGAGGGGAUCACCUACCUGAACAUCUGUCAGUUCAGGGAGGCCAACUUCUCCAACCCUCAACUCAAGCUGAGCGAGAGGGAACCGUGUAAAACAGUCCCUGUGAUCAAGGUGGCCCCUGAGAACCAGGUGAAGGGGGCGGGCAGCAGCCUGGUGUUCCUCUGCGAGGUGUUCGCCUUCCCCAUGGCCCAGGUGGACUGGACCAGGGACGGCCAUCAGGUCCUCCUGCCAGGGGACGACCCCCACAUCUCUGUGCAGUCCCGGGGCGGACCCCAGAGGUUUGAGCUCUCCAGCUGGCUGCAGAUUGAGGGCGCAGAGCACAAGGACUCUGGAACAUACCGCUGUGUUGCCCGUAACAACCUGGGCUCCGUGUCGGCCUCCGCCACGCUGGGAGUCCUCAGUCAAGAGGAGCUGUCUGCCUAUCUGACAGCCAGUGUCUCUGAGAUGAAGGAGAUGUUGGACUACAGUCAGCCCAGAGGAGAAGACCAAGAUUAUUACUGAACGGAAUGGAAAAUGGACUAUAAAUCAUCUUCUCACAUUCUCUAAACUCCACACUGACAAGGGUUUGACCAAAGAAAAUGUUUGCUUGAAAUCCGCAUCACAGUGGAGUGCAGCUUUUGGCCUGUGGUUAUAUCAGGAGUAGCCAUUUUGCUUUCAACUUCUCUGAGGUCCAUAAAUUGUUCCUGGACAUACAAUGGCAGUGGAUGAGGUGUUUGGACUACCUAAAGAGAUGAGAGUACUGCAUGAGGACGACAUGCAUCAUGGUGUCACCAGGGGGAACAAAUACACUUGAUGUUGUCAGGAAUAAUCUAUUUAUUUUCACAUUGUUUUUUCCUUUGAAACUUUUACAGACUGAGUAGAGUGCAGCACAAAACAUGAAACUCUUUAAGUAAAAGGGAACAGCAGGACAACAUCUGGAAAUCCACAAAUUCCUGCAGAAGCUGGAUUCUGGAUUUAGGAAUCCACAACAAAAACUGGAUUCAAAUAUUUUAUUUUAUUUUAAAAGCCUGUAUCUAUUUUUCUAUUAUAUUGUGGUGGUUUUUAUCUGUCAUGUUCGCAGAAGUUGCUGUUGUUGAUUUGUGAUUAACAAAUAUAAGCCAGUACACAAAAUAUUUUAAUAUAAGUUGGACCUCUAAAUCCAAUUAUAUAAUUGACAUUAUAUAAUUGACAUUAUAAUCACCAUUUAAUGUUAUAGAAUAAAAGCAA